AUGUCGACGAGUGUCGAGAAUAAGUCAAAACGAGAACGUUUUCACGCGAUUCGACGCCUCUGCGAGAACGCCUCUGAGUUUGCGACGCAAUAUUUCUCGCCCGGACCCGAGAAUCUCCAAUUCAUUCGCGAGGCGCGCAUUUUGGUCAUCGGCGCUGGCGGACUUGGCUGUGAGCUGCUCAAGGAUUUGGCCCUCUCCGGCUUUGGACAGUUGGACGUUAUCGAUAUGGACACCAUCGAUCUAUCGAAUCUCAAUCGACAAUUUCUAUUCAGAGAAUCCGACAUUGGACACUCAAAAGCCGAAGUAGCCGCCGCGUUCGUCUCUCGUCGCGUUUCUACGUGUAAAGUUAUGGCCCAUCACUGCGCGAUUGAGGAGAAAUCCCCGGCUUUCUACAAGCAAUUCCACGUGAUCGUUUGCGGUUUGGACUCAAUCAAAGCGAGACGGUGGAUUAAUUCGAUGCUUUGUGACCUCGUAGAAAUGAGCGAAGAUGGAGAAAUCGACAGUAGCACAAUCAUCCCGUUUGUCGAUGGGGGAACUGAAGGAUUUAAGGGAAACGUUCGUGUGAUCUACCCAAAAAUGACGGCUUGUGUCGAAUGUUUGCUCGAUCUUUACCCACCGCAGGUGAAUUACCCGAUGUGCACGAUUGCACACACACCACGUCUUCCUGAGCACUGUGUCGAGUACGUGAAAGCGAUCGAGUGGCCAAAGGAGAAACCGUUUGAUGGUGAAUCUUUGGACGCGGAUCGCGCCGAACACGUUGACUGGGUACUAGAGAGAGCAAAAUCAAGAGCUGAAAUUUUUGGAAUCAAAGGUGUCGAUCAUCGUUUGUGUUUGGGUGUGCUGAAAAGGAUCAUCCCGGCGGUCGCCUCGACGAAUGCUGUUGUUGCUGCCUCGUGUGCGCUCGAAGUGCUGAAAUUGGUGUCAAACAUGGCGAUGCCACUCGAUAACUACCUGAACUUUUCACAAACCGAUGGGGUCCACUGUGCGGUGGUGCAAUUGGAUAGAAAUCAUAAAUGCCUUGCGUGCGGUGAGAACAAGGCGGUGAUGCACAUCGAGCCGACGGCCACAUUUGAAACGUUAAUGGAACGAUUGAAGGAGAAAUUCCAUCUUACCUCGCCGGAUAUCCGUGUUGGCACGCGUCCGCUUUACGUGAUCUCGGACUUGAUGCCAGAAUUGAAAGAAACUAGUGAGGGGAACUUGAUUCGACCAGUUUCUGAGCUGAUCGAUGGUGGAGUCGAGCUUCUCCUCACCGACCCAUCCCUCAACCGGGCGCUCACUGUACAAAUCAAUUUCGCGGAA